GUCUAAAAUGAGAUUUAAAGGCUGGUGGUUGGGUUUUUGCGUUCUGACACGGCAUCCGGGAAUAGAAAAUUCAGCUGAUCUGACAAUUAUUGUAAUUUUUGUCGCUUUUAGCUUAUAAAGUGGAGGUUUUCUCCCUGUCUGAGUGGGGUUUGACUAUGAGAGGAGGCUGGGGAAGUUACUCCCGGCCCCUGAAGUGACAUGGAUGGACUUCCAUCCAUCUCAGUAUCCUUGAUUCAGAGCCCGAUAUCCCAACCGUCGGGAUGAAGGAAAGGGGUGAAAGUGGAAAAAGAGCCUCCACUUUCCUGCAGCCCCAUUUCCAGCCUGCCUUUAAUUGCUGGAUUCAUUUGUCGUGCAUUAUUGCGCUUACCGCUCAUUUCUGGCAGGGACUGGACCCUCCUCUUACCCUUCUUGCUGGGAGACGUGGAGAGGGGCCGAAAUAUUUUAAAGACGUUUUAAUCGCCAGACUUUUUAUUUUCUUUCUCUCCGAAUCGUAUUUACGGUUUUCUUCCCUCAAUUUUUUUGCCUGUGACUGGAAAACGCAUUAAUAAAAAAAUCUGUGGGAAGAGACGGAAAUUCAGUGAGUCAGGCUAAAGCUGCUCCAGCCAAAGAGAAAAAAGUUGCAAAGAAAAAUCUUAAACUAAACUGUGGGAUGACACACGGCGCUCGCUAAUACGGUCUGGGGUGCGAGGCAAAGUCUGCGUUGGACUGGCUGUCCCAGCGACAAACAGAGCUGCCAGAGGUACCUAUUGUUCUGCCCCUUCUUAUCUAAAUGGAGCAAAUAUCCUGUAUGUAAAAUAUAUAUAUAUAUUUUCAUCAAGAAGGCAGGACCAGCAGAGAGACGAAAGUUUCCUCCUCGAGUGACUUCACUUCCCAAAAUUAGCAGAAAAAAACGUUUCAUCCGGUUAACUGUAUCUUUUUCGCUCUGCUGCAACAACCGAAGUUAAAAAAAGAGAGAGACGAAGGGAGAGGGAGGGAGAGGCAGAGAGGAGGAGAGGGGGUACAGAGAGACAAGCAAAACUGCUGAAAGGACAGGAAGAAAAGCUGAAAGAGAGAGAAGGAUAAGGAAAAGAGAAAAACACAACAAAAAAAGAAAACCCAACAAACUUCAGGAGGCUUCGGUCGCAGGCUAAACCGGGUCAAUGUGUGGAAUAUUGCUGGUACCGGCUGGAAGUUGUUCUAGAUGGACGGCACUAUUAAGAGCCAGAGACAUGGUCUGAUGGUCUGAUCUGAUCUGGAGCAACUGGAAGCUGAUUGAGACUCUUCUGCGAAGACAAAACCAGAGGGUGCUCUGUGGUCUCUGCUUCCCCACACCCACAUUUAUCUGCAGCAUUAACACGUUACCACAUAUAAGCUUUUGCCCCACCAGCUCUUGUUGGGAGAUGACUCAUAUUUCCAGGAGGCUCUGUCGGUGGUGAGCGACGACCAGUCCCUCUUUGACUCCACGUACGGCGCUGCCACUCACCUCCCCAAGGCAGAUAUGACAGCAUCAGGGAACCCUGACUACGGCCAGCCGCACAAAAUCAACCCUUUGCCUCCCCAGCAGGAGUGGAUCAAUCAGCCCGUCCGUGUCAAUGUUAAAAGGGAAUAUGACCACAUGAACGGAUCAAGGGAGUCCCCCGUAGACUGUAGCGUGAACAAAUGCAGCAAACUCGUCGGAGCAGGGACAGAGUCCAACCCCAUGAGUUACAGCACCUACAUGGAUGAGAAGAACGGGCCUCCUCCCAACAUGACCACCAACGAGAGGAGAGUCAUUGUCCCAGCAGAUCCCACCCUGUGGACCCAGGACCACGUGCGCCAGUGGCUGGAAUGGGCCAUAAAGGAGUACGGAUUAAUGGAGAUCGACACCACCAUCUUCCAGAACAUGGACGGCAAGGAGCUCUGCAAGAUGAACAAGGAUGAUUUCCUCCGAACCACCUCCCUCUACAACACAGAAGUUCUGCUGUCUCACCUCAGUUACCUCAGGGAAAGUAGCUCACUGCUGGUCUACAAUACUCCAUCCCACACAGAAGCUUCCUCGCGUCUUGCCACCAAAGAAGGCCCUCCCAUUGCAGGGACACAAAAUGUGAAUAAGACAACCGAACAGCAACGGCCCCAGCCAGAUCCCUAUCAAAUCCUGGGGCCCACUAGUAGCCGUCUUGCCAAUCCAGGGAGCGGGCAGAUCCAACUGUGGCAAUUCCUCCUCGAGCUGCUCUCAGACAGUUCCAACGCCAGCUGCAUCACGUGGGAAGGGACCAACGGGGAGUUCAAGAUGACGGACCCCGACGAGGUGGCACGGCGCUGGGGAGAGCGCAAGAGCAAGCCCAACAUGAAUUACGACAAACUGAGCCGAGCCCUCCGAUACUACUACGACAAGAACAUUAUGACCAAGGUGCACGGCAAAAGGUAUGCCUACAAAUUUGACUUUCACGGCAUCGCCCAGGCCCUCCAGCCUCAUCCCACUGAGUCGUCGAUGUACAAGUACCCGUCAGACCUCUCCUACAUGCCGUCUUACCAUGCCCACCAGCAGAAGGUGAACUUUGUGCCCCCCCACCCUUCUUCCAUGCCGGUCACAUCAUCCAGUUUCUUUGGAGCCGCCUCCCCUUAUUGGACCUCCCCUGCGGGAAGCAUUUAUCCCAACCCCAACGUCCCCCGCCACCCCAAUGCCCACGUAUCGCCACACUUGGGCAGCUAUUACUAGAUGCUUUUCUCUUCAAGUGGCCUUGAUCAGUCUGGUUGGACUUCCGCUUUACUUCUGGGAUCUUCAUGGGGUUUUUUGGGGCAUCCUUAAUGGAUAAUUGUGGCCUUUCUGGGGAAGAAUUAAAACUGGAUAUUGGUUAUUCCUGGAUCAAACCUUUUACUUUUGUAACUUUGCCUCUUGUGUCUUGAACUGAGAGACGGAUGCUUCUUUGGGCCAGUACUCUGCGUUUUCUUUGGUUUUUAAGGCUCAUGUCCUCUAUAGGGAUUGACUAUGAAGAUCGUUCACCAUUACCUGAUGAGAGAGAUUUUUAAGGCUUCAAAGGCAAGACUUAGAUCCAACUGUGGGUCGUAGGAAAAGACAAAAACAUGGGUAUUUUCUCGCUGUGGAGGGGGUAGGCAAUUUGACCAUUAAGUGGAGGACUGCAGGGGACCGCAACUGGAAUCUUAGCUUUAAAGCAGAUGAGGAUUUUCACCCAACUGGAAAUUAAAUAUAUAUAUAUUCAUAUAUAUAUAUGUACAUGUAUAUUUUAAGAAGUAAAGGGCAUUGAAGGAACUUUUCUAGAGUGUACAGCUUCAUUAGACUCUGUAUUAACUCCAGAAACAUCAGAAGCCAGAACAAAACGUAACUUUAUGUCAAGCACAGACAUUCCUUGAGAGCAAAAGUGAAGUAAAAUACACGACAGUGGGUCCCUGGGCUCUGCCAGAGUCUGAGGGGUCGCCAAAUGCUACCGAUUCGCGAACGCUGUGCGUUUGUCAGACCGUCAUCCAAAGGGUCAACAAGUCAGAAGGCAAUUUACUGUAUAAAUUAUGCAGAGUUAUUUUUCCCUAUAUCUCACAGUUUUAGAAUAAAGAUGAAAUGAAACGAGUUGACCUCGGUCACAAAUGCAGGUUUGUUUUUUUUUUACUAUCAGCUCAGUUGUUUGUGGGUUGUUGUUUUGUUGUUUUAAUGUAAUUUGUACAUCUUUUCAAUCUGUACAUUUGGGCUGUAGCUUUGUACUUUUUGCUAGAAAAAAGAAAAAAAGUAAAAAAAAAGAGACGUGAGUAAUGUAUCUGUUGGAGAAAACCCCGGUCCUGCAAUCGGAUCCAUCAUUGACCCUCAAAUUAGCCAGAAACCUUCCAGAUUUCCCUGGGUUUGUCUAGAGAAGAGUUUUGUCUUGUGUUAGCCUGUCAUAGUUGUCUACAAGUUCACUCCACUUUGCCAACGUUUGCAUUGGAGCUGAUUGAAAACACGCACCAGCAUUCUAAAGCCACCCUUUCAAUAUAUUGUGAUGCUUUUUCACCGAAAUCCUGAACUUUGGGAAGAUCUUAACCGCUUCAUAGAAAACAUUAUCAAACGCUUCUCACAACAUCUUUUCGAAAACAUCUGCUGGGGGUUUUCAUUUAAAUGUUAACCAUAUAAAAAUUCUCAGCCAUCUCUAGUUCUGCACAUGUUAAUUUGAUGAUCCACAAAUGGCGGUUUGGUGCCGUAAACAGAAGGGUAAAACCACAAACAUUUGUGUUUUAGAGCAGAUGUCUGGGGAAAGCGGGGGGGGAGAUUUACAUGUACAACCUAUUAGCGAAUUCAUAUUAAGUGGCAAACAAUUAACAGGAUCACAAAUAUCUUGUCUAGACGUAACCUCUGGGACUCCAGGUGGGUGCAAGAUUCAGUCCACGCGCAUCUGAUUGCAGGAUGGGAGCCCAAAACCAGAACAUUAUUAGUCUGCUCAUAACUUUAAACGGAAGCACUGAUGCCAUUAUUUAACAAAAUGGAAAAAAAAAACAGAAAGAUCAAGCUAAUCAGUUUAGGUCUUAGUGCUUUUGGGGUGUUUCUAAGUAACAUUACUGCAAUAAUCGCAAGAUUUAAGUAUCAAGAAAUUACCCAUGGAAAUGGGGCUUUUGCUACUAUAUAUAUGCAAUGUACUUUUUGGGAUAUUAAAAUAUAUAUAAUUUUGCAAGUAAUCUUGGUGUUUUUUUUAAAAAAAAAAUGUAUUAAGUGUUACAAUGGAACUGUUGUAUGAAGAGAAUGAUGUAAAAAAUGUGACCAAAUAAAUGGUGGUUUUCUUCUUGAAGGCA